AUGAAGUGGUUCAUUCUGGUGGCUCUGUUCGGGCUCGGCCUCGCCCAGCACAACCCACACACCAAGCACGGCAGGACGGCCAUCGUGCACCUGUUCGAGUGGCGCUGGGCCGACAUCGCCGCAGAGUGUGAGCGCUUCUUGGGCCCCAAUGGCUUUGGUGGAGUUCAGAUCUCUCCUCCAAAUGAACACAUCAUACUGAACAACCCCUGGAGGCCCUGGUGGCAGAGAUACCAGCCAACAGGCUACAACCUGUGCUCCAGAUCUGGCAACGAGAACGAGCUGAGAGACAUGAUCACCAGAUGCAACAACGUCGGGGUCAACAUCUACGUGGACGCUGUUGUCAACCACAUGUGUGGAGCCGGUGGCGGAGAGGGAACGCACUCUUCAUGUGGAAGCUGGUUCAGCGCCGGCAGGAAGGAGUUCCCCAGUAUUCCCUUCACCCAGUGGGACUUCAACGACCACAAAUGCAGGACUGGCAGUGGAAACAUUGAGAACUAUGGUGACUCCAAUCAGGUGAAGAAUGCCACUGAGAAAACAG